UGUCAUUGUGUGUUUGUGUUUGAAGUUUGUUUUGUGUGCUUUUGCUUGAUUUUUUAUAAAUUAUAAAAAAAAAAACUAUUAGAAACAAAUAAAUAUAUAAUAUAUACAUUAGUAUAUAUUGUUGAUAAUUCAAUAAAAUGACAUCAGCUUCCUCAAGCAGUGCGCGAUCAUUGUUUGCUGAGUCUAAACAACGUUUGGCGGAGAGAGUUCAAGUGAAUAUGAAUAACAUAGCAUCACUAACUCGACAAGUACAGCGAGGAUCUAAAUCGAAUGAGCUCCUCAUGAAGUCAGCUAGAGAAAUGGCUGCCACAGAGCACCUCACAGAAGGCAGUGAAGAGAACCUUAAAAAGAUGCAACUAAUUGCUGUUCACAUGGGCUACCAAUAUGAGAACAUUCUGAAGUCAGCUGAGCUGUUAACAGAAGUUAGUGAACAAGUCAACACAAUGCUGAGAUGAAAGUGCUAAAAAAUGAUAUGGUUGAUACUGAUUUAUUUAUUAAACAUGUAUGAUGUUUUGUAAAAAUUAUGCAUUGGUUUAAUUAAUUUAUUUGGCUAAGAAGGGAGAACAAUAUGAGCAGAUAAGGAGAAUGUUUACUUGUCAUAAAGGGACUCCUUAAACCCACAGGGUCUUAAGUUAUAGGCUAUACUGUUUUUCUCUCUGUCACACAAUGAGCCUUGCACCUUCUUGGUGAAUUCAUGGAAUGCUUAGAGUUGUCUCUGUAUUAAUUUUAAUUAAUGUGGACACAUUUGAUAAUGUACAGUCAUGUCAGUAUGGUGGGAUACAGUGUACCUGGAAGGCUUAUCAAACAAAUUAUAGAAAACUAUUGAUUAGGCAUAUAUUUUAAAUAAUAGUUAUAAAAAUUUCAAUGUAAUGUAUGACAAAAUGUAUAUUGUAGGGAUGUAACGGAGGUAUUUUUAUUGGAACCGAUGGAGGAGUUGGCGUUUUUAAAUUUGAUAUAUCGGAGUCGGAAGUGGAGUAGGAGGCAGUGUCAGAAGUGGUGGCAGGAAAGAGGUUUUUUUAUUUAAGGACCAAUUUUUUUUAAUUUUAGUUUUUGACGUGACAAUGUCUUAUAAUUCAAUGAAGCCAGCUGCAUUCUCGAUAAAAGAUGAUGUCAUGAAUCGUUCCCUCGCUCUAGGGUUGCCAACUUUUUUUACAAGAAACAAAGUAAAUUCUGGCACAUGAAGAUUAUUAAACAGUAUUUUUUUUUUUAUACAAAAUAAGCUCGCGCUAAUUUAUAUGUAUUUUAUAUGUAUUUUUAUAUGUAUUUUAGAGAAACAAACAUUUUCUUUUGAAAAAUGCAACCAUUCCAUCAGUAUUUUCUUAUGACGUUGUCCCGUUCAAUGAUCGUCAGUAAACCAACUUUACAGUCAACUGAUUUUUCGAUAAUAAAAAAAAACACACAGAAUGGAAACUACAUGAAUUAAAUCCCAAAGUAGCAAAUUAUGCUUUAAUCUCCGAUUUAAAAGUGUCAGAAGAAAUCAGAAGCGAAGGUGUAUUAAUAAUCAGAAGUUUCGAUUUAACAGAGCCAGACUCGAAGCUCCGUAACAGCCCUGGUAUAUUCCAACACAACCAAGAUUGUAUACCAUUGGCAAAGCAAUGUAAUUGAUUGUAUACUUUGCUAUUUAUAUUCCUACAGGUAAAAGUGAUUGCUUAAUUAAAAUGUAUUUCAUGAA